AUGGCGGACUCACCAAGAACAAUCCAUCAACCAAUCCACCCCUCCGUCCGCGCCAAGCUGGACCCGGAAUACGUCGCCCUCCACGAUUCCAUCAUCCAGUACAUGGAACCCUCCGAAGCCCGACCCUGGGACCCGGCCUCGCGAUCCGCGCCCAACCCGCUCGCGCACACGACGCAGAAGCUCUCACCCGUCGGCAAGCAAUGGGACGAGGACAUCGGCGGCGACAUCCACGUGCGCGUCUUCGUGCCCGAGGGUCAGGCGCCGUCGGAGGAGGCCGGGUGGCCGUGCUUGGUCUGGCUUCACGGCGGCGGGUGGGUGAAUGGUGGGUUGGAUAGCGAGAACGGCUUCUUGACGCAUGUUUGUAAAUAUGUAAAGUGCGUCGUCGUCACGAUAAACUACCGCCACGCCCCGGAACACGUCUACCCAGCCGCCGUAGACGACUGCCUCACAGGCCUGAGAUGGCUCUACGAGCCCUCCAACGCCUCCCGUCUAGGCAUCAACACGUCCCUCGUCACCAUCGGCGGUCUCUCAGCAGGCGGCAACCUAGCCGCAAUCCUAACAAUGAACCUCACCCUCUCCCCUCGCCCCCUUCACCCACCGCCCAUCUCCCAACUCCUAAUCUGCCCCGUUAUCGACUCAACCGCCACCGCGUCCACAGGCUGGUCCGCCACCCGCCACGUCCCCUGGCUAACACCCACCCGCAUGGGCUGGUACCAAGACCUCUACUUCUCCCGCGGCGACCUCGACAAGAAGCAGUGGCAGGCCUCGCCGUGUUUCGCUCCGCGCGAGCUUCUGGCCAAGAGUCCCAAGACGUGGCUUGCUGUUGCGGGUGUGGACUUAUUGACGACGGAGGGGUUGGCGUAUGCGGAGUUGCUGAAGGAGAAUGGGGUGGAGGUUGAGACGGAAGUGUAUGAGGGGGCGACGCACUCUGUGCUUGUGCUUGCUGGUGUACACCAAAUCAGCAGGAAACUCGUCCACGACGCGUGUGCCAUGCUGGCCAAGGGUUUCGGAACCUCGUACGAUCCUGCGGCGGCUCCUAUUCUCUCGCAAGAUGAGUAA